AAUUUUUUUAGCUAUAUAUUUAUUUCAACCCUUAUAAAAGUACCGCAUAUGGCACGAAAUUGCAUCCAAACUCUGGUUGGCUUCUAAAGACUCCAAAGAAGAAGAAGAAGCCAAUCACUCGGUCAGUCCAUGGAUACCGAAGCUUCACCGUUUGAGAGCAGUGAGAUGGUGGCAAGUUUCUUGGCCUCGACGCCUCUGCUGAGCGAGGCAUGGCAGCUAUGCAGCGUAGCCAACACCGCGGCCGCUGCUCCAUACGGCGGCUUUGUACCCCUCCAAAUCGGAGAUGUCGGUUACUUUGCCUUUUCCAGUAACGGAAUUAUGACAUCAUCACCAUCAUCAUCAUCAUCAUCAGAAGAAUAUUCGAGAUUCAGCAGGAAUCUGGUGGCGUUGGGUGGCGCUGGCCACGGCCUUUUUUCUCCAUUAACCAAUAAUAAUGAAGAGGAAGAGGCCGUCAUGGUGCAUGAAGGGCUGCUCAAUCUCUUCCUGAACUGCUUCGAAGCUGUCCAAAACCAGAUGAUGGAAGUAACAAAGAAUAGCAAGUCCAUUAUCAUCACAGGCCAUUCUAUAGGAGGCACAACUGCCUCACUCUGUGCUCUUUGGCUCCUCUCCUGCCUCCAAUCUGUCUCCUCUUCCCCUUCAGUCCUCUGCAUUACCUUUGGUUCACCAUUGCUUGGCAAUGAGUCCCUUUCCCGAGCAAUCCUUCGAGAAAGAUGGGGUGGCAACUUUUGCCAUGUGGUUUCCAAGUAUGACAUCAUGCCGAGGCUACUCUUUGCUCCAAUGGCAUCAUGCACCACCCAACUGCAUCUCUUACUGCAACACUGGACUGCUCCUCAGUUUGGGAAUCUUGGUGUGCAGCUUGGAGACGAAGCAAAAGCUGAACUGUUUCUGUCUGUAGCCGCUCAUUUGCAAGUGGCAUCGGAAGCAGGGGAAGAGGGAGCAACUAGUUCCUACUGCCCAUUUGGGAACUACUUGUUUUGCUCACAAGAGGGGGCUAUCUGUGUGGACAAUGCAGCAUCUGUCAUCAAGAUGAUGUACUUGACGUUUAUUGCAGGUAACCCCAGUUGCUGUAUUGAGGAUCAUCUCAAGUAUGGAGAAUAUGUUGGCAAGUUUUGUUCACAGUUUUUGAACAAGAGAAGCUUCAUGCAAGGGGAGCUUCCUCAGUCAAGCUGGGACGCAGGGGUUGCAUUGGCAUUGCAGUCCUUGGGAAUAAGUGGUCAGGAAUCAGCUUCAGAAGCGAAAGAGUGCCUAAAGAUAGCGAGGCGAUUGGGACGUACACCAAACCUCAAGUGUGCUGAUUUAGCCGUUCGGCUCUCCAGGAUCACACCUUACAGGGCUGAAAUAGAAUGGUACAAGGGAUCCUGUGAUAAGUCUGAUGAGAAACUAGGGUACUACGACGCCUUCAAGCAAAGGGGCUCCUCAAAAAGGGUUCACAAAGUCAACAUGAACCGCCACAAACUUGCUGCAUUUUGGAAUGGCGUGAUCGAAAUGUUGGACAAAAAUGAGCUGCCUUACGAUUUUCACAGGCGAUCAAAAUGGGUAAAUGCUUCCCAGUUUUACAUGCUCCUGGUAGAGCCACUGGAGAUUGCUGAGUAUUAUAGGUCUAAUAUGCACCUUGUCAAGGGUCAUUACUUGAAGCAUGGAAGAGAGAGGAGGUUUGAGAUUUUCGACAGGUGGUGGAAGGAGAAGAGAGUUAAUGAGGAGAAAAAUAGUAAGAGAAUCAAAUUUGCAGGUUUGACUCAGGAUUCCUGCUUUUGGGCCAAGGUGGAGGAAGCUAGAGAAUGGGUAGCUAAGGUUAGAAGUGAAAGUGAUGCAAGGAAGCAGGCUUUGCUGUGGGAUAGUAUCAAUAACUUUGUAAUGUACGCAGCUACACUGGUGGAAAGAAAGGAGGUCUCCGAAGACGUUGUAGCCAAGAAUUCAAGCUACAAAAAAUUGUUGGAGGAGUUGACAGAAUUGAGAUCGGCGGUACGUCCAUUCUGGACAGCUACACAAUUUCCAUGUCUUAGAGGUGGGGAAGUAGUUCCCUAGUUUGUAUUCUGGACAUGCAUGUUUAAAGAUCGCUGCUUUUAACUCUGUACUUGACUUGCUUAACUUGUUCUUAAAUUUAACUAUGGCAUGAAUUCUUCCGGAAUAAUUCAUAUGUUUGUGUGUGUGU